AUGACGACGGGAAGCUGUUAUUGUGGAAAAAUAAAAAUUGAGUUCACAGGUGAGCCUGAAAGGAAGGCGAUAUGCCAUUGCUCAAAUUGCCGUCAUUACACAGGCAGUAUGUUUAGCAACAAUUAUGUCAUUCCGAGUGAUCGAUUCAAAGUUUUCGGUGAUCCAAAGGAAAUUUCGAAAAUUGCCGAUAGUGGGAAACUAAUCGUGAACUGCUUCUGCGGCGACUGUGGAACCACAAUGUACCGGUGGGGUGACGCUUUCGGAGGCAAGGAAGGGAUGAGAAUCAUUCAGUCCGGGAUUUUGGAUGACAAAAACAUCAUAGACGAUUUUCGACCGGAUCUUGAAAUGUUUACUGAGGAUCGGGUGAAGUGGAUUGUUGUUAUUGACGGGCUUGCUCAGCAUGAGAAGAUGCCUCAGUCGUAG